AUGCCCCAAUGCAUCACAAAGCCUAUCAAUUCAGAAACUAUCUGCGGGCAAAGGAACGACACCUGGGGCCGGGUGUACGGGGGAGAGGAGACGAUCCCCGGGGAGUACCCCUGGAACGUACUGAUAGAGUUCGACGGGGGGCGGUUCUGCGGAGGCUCCAUCAUCAGCGAGAACUGGGUCCUCACAGCUGGUCACUGUCUCCUGAGGAACGUGUACCAGAAGUGCGACAACAGAAACAAUAACUGCAGGUUCCUGGAGCCGGACCUGGUGACGAUCAAGGUGACAGGAGGGGUGCACAACCGGGAGGGAGAGAGGGGGGAGUGGCAGGAGAGGACCGCCCAGCAGGUUAUCGUGCACCCCUUCUUCAGUAACCAGGCCACGUUCAUCAACUACGAUGUGGGACUUCUAAAAGUAGACCGAGCAUUUGUAUAUAACAGUCGGAUAAACAGGGUCUGUCUGCCGCGAAGUGGUGUCACUAACUUGAUCGGGAAUCUGGAUCUGUACGUGUCGGGAUGGGGCAGAACCAACAGCUCGUACUCAUCACGCAUUCUGCAACGGAUAAAAGUGCCGUAUGUGAGCCGGGAGGUUUGCAACAAAAACAUUUCGUACUCAGGGAAUAUCAGAGAGACAAUGUUCUGCGCGGGGUACCCUACUGGGAGAAUAGACGCGUGUCAGGGGGACAGCGGGGGCCCUCUCGUCUACUUGGGCCCUAAUGGGACCUUCGUGCAGGGGGGCAUUGUCAGCUGGGGGAAGCAGUGUGCCAAGGAGCACUUCUACGGGGUGUACACAAACCUUGCCUACUUCUACGAUUGGAUAGUAGUUUGUAACGAGGGAUACUCAAUAGAGGGACCCAGCCAACUUCAAUGUUUAAGCAAUGGACAAUUCGACAAGCAGGUACCCCAAUGCGUGUUUAAGCACGCUCCUAACCCUGACAUCGAGCCAAUAAGCGUGAAGGAGUGCGGACAGAGAGCCCCCAAGUUCCUCCACAGGAUCUACGGAGGGACCAGCGCCGAGCCGGGGGAGUAUCCCUGGAACGUGAUCAUCCACUUCACACGUGGGCGGUUCUGCGGAGGGUCUAUAGUCAGUAAAGACUGGGUGCUGACAGCGGGGCAUUGUCUUCUCUACACUAACUGGAAAACGUGUGAUAACCGCGUGGAGCCGGGGUGCAGACUCAUGAACCCCCGAGAUAUCAUCUCCAUAAGUGCAGGAGUAAAUAACGUGGACGUGGAGGAGGAGACCUGGCAAGUGAGGACUGGUACUGAAGUCAGGACCCACCCCUUCUUCACCUCUCAAGCAACCUACAUAGACUACGACGUGGGACUUAUAAAGGUGAACAAGGCCUUCAAGUUUAACGACGAUGUUAACCGGGUCUGCCUCCCGAGGGACGGGAUGGGGCAUUUAGUGGGCAACACAGACUUGCACGUGUCAGGGUGGGGCAAAACAAACUCCACCCCCUCUUCAGAAACCCUGCAGAAGAUAUCCGUCCCGUACGUGAGUAGGGCCCGCUGUAACUCUAACAUCUCGUACAAUGGGGUGGUCACAGAGACCAUGUUCUGCGCCGGUUAUAAGAAGGGGAAGAUAGACGCGUGUCAGGGCGACAGUGGGGGUCCGCUCGUCUAUCUGGGCUCUAACGGAACUUUUGUACAAGGCGGCAUCAUCAGCUGGGGCAGACAGUGUGCCAUGGAGAACUUUUAUGGAGUUUACACCAACCUAGCCUACUUUCACAGCUGGAUCAUGAGCUACAUUGGAGAAAACUGAUUUGUAAGUGAACUCUGUGAGACGACAGCGGGAACUAGUAGUGUAACUAUGGUAAGUAGACAGUGGACCACUUUCCUUUAAAUGGGAGAGGAUUAUUGAUUACCCGAAUUAACUGUAACCAUGGUAACCAUUAAAUAUGAUCAGAAUAUGAUCCAAUGAUGGUUUUUUUCGGAGAAGACAGAACAAAUAUGGAUUGCAAAAAUAAACACAGAAUUGUUGGUUCUUUAUCCAUCCAGCAGACAUUUAGCGAAAUGGCUUAAAUGAAGUUGGCAGAGAUAAUGACUCUUUUGAAAUCCUGCAGUGUAAACUACAGUAAGACCCUUUAAAUCUUGCCCCUUAUAAUUAUAAAGUUAUUUAACGUCUUUUUAAUGCCGCUUCAGAACCUUGUGAUUAGUUAUGGAAAGAUAUAUAAUGUGCGGAUUGAUUAAAAAUCUAUCGAAUUUGCGAGUUCAAGCUCAUUUGCUCAGCUCAGGCGCAUUUAAAUGAAUUUUGAGCGUUUUAUUAACUGAAGAAGAUUCGAUAUCUAUUAUUUUAAAACUUCUGAUAUAUGUGUUUGGAAAUGAAAUCUUAGAAUAGACUCCUUUAAAUAGAUUCUCCCUUAUAACACGGGUUAAAUGCGUUUUGAAAGGGACUGUACAAUGUUUUAAAACUGAAGAUAAGAUUAAGACUAGUAGUGUAACUAUGGUAACUAGUAGCGUUUUACUGCUCAUGCUGUAAGAGUUUUAAACAAAUAUAAAUUUUAAGAUCCCAAACUUGUUUUUUAUCGAAA